AUGGAUUGAUGAUGGCAGCGGACGAUCUCACGGUCGCACCGCUUGACCGCAUCGCGUGCCCAUCAGUUGACAUUUGACUUUGCUACGAUUCAGUUCAAAAACACGUUCACGCGUCCUGCACGUUAUCUAGUGGUGCUCCAUGAUGUUUCCAUGGAAAUAACUGUGUCUUUUGGGACAGUGGCUGGAUUGGCCGAUCGUCUUUGUUUGAUGGCGACAGAGUGAUUUGAUGAGAGUAAUUUUCUUUAAAUCAAUCGGACUCCAUGUGUAAAGUGAAGAUUUGUUUCGUAGUGCUCUAGACAAAGUGGAAUUACUGAUGUUGUUGUGAUCACCGAACUAUGAAGUUCGCAUGAGAAAGAUGGGUCGCAAAAUUUCAUUUUUGAGUGAGGAACACUUGUUACUGGUAACUCUUUUGACGGUGGCUCUACAUUGCAUAGAUAAAAGCAAUUGCAGCUCUGUACUGGUAGCGGAUUUCCGGAUGACACGUAUGGUUGAACUGAGCAGUCGUCCACCGUAUUGUAAAAUUCAUUCUGAUCGCGGUGAUAUUCAGCGUAUGCUGUUGGCAGCAGACACCCGGAAAAUGCGUCAAGUGCCACAAGAAUCUGUCAUUGCUCUUGAGGAAGUAUGUAUCGAAGCUGGUAGUAUAUCAGGCGAACUGCAAGGUGGUCUAGGGUUCAUUUAUCCCGGAACUAAAUGGUGUGGUCCAGGAAACAUCGCAUCGAACUACUCUGACGUAGGGCGAUACGCAGCAGAAGACCAAUGCUGCCGAGAACACGAUCUUUGCCCCAACAUCCUGUUGCCAGGUGAAUGUCGGCGAGGAUUGUGCAAUCGGGGAGCAUUUACACGUUCACAUUGCGAUUGUGAUGCACGGUUCAGGAGAUGUUUGCAGAACUUAAAUACUGAGACUGCAAACACGCUCGGUGCCAUAUUCUUCAAUGUUGUGCAGGUGACAUGUUUCGGCGAAAGAAGACCAUGCUCAGACUGGCAAAGGGCGGGAUUCAACCAAACGGAAGCUGAUGAACUGUGCUCGAGAUGGAAAUAUCAACCGAGUGAAAAGUACAUUCCAAUAAUGCAGCAAAAGUACAACAAGUAGCGGUCAUCGUGAAGAAUUAAAAACGUGGCAAGCCGCACCUUACAGAAUAUUGAAUCUUAUCAAUCACAAAGGAACCACGCGAUAAAAAAAAAACUGCAAAAAUAUAGCAAAAAUGUUCUUCUGGUUCUCCAGCUAAA